CCAAGAAAGAAAACAUAAAACACAAGAUGAAAGAAAAUAAAAAAUAAAAAUUUUAAAUUAGGGAAUGGAAACUGUGGGAGCAUCCCGACCCUUCAAAAACAAUCAAUCAACUGCGAUAUGUUGGUUGAUCUCUUCUCUAGUUUCUCCCUAACCCUCCUUUUUUGGAAGCCUCUAGAAGCCAAAACCCCCAUCACUUCGCCAUAAAAGGCCCUCUCUGUCUAGUUGUCUUUGAUUUCCCUUCUUCGAUUCUCAAAGCUUCUCAACAACGCUCGUUUCUUCGUUUCUAACGCGCUCACUUUCACUAUCUCUCUAGAUUCUUCGAUUCGAGAUGGAUGAGGAUUUCGAUGUUCCGGCGGCGGAGGAUUUGAUGAACGAUGACAUGGAUCUUCCCGACGAGACUCCCAUUUUGAAAGUCGGAGAAGAAAAGGAGAUCGGAAAGCAAGGCUUGAAGAAGAAGCUUGUUAAGGAAGGGGAAGGUUGGGACAAGCCUGAAAUCGGCGACGAAGUUGAAGUUCAUUAUACGGGGACGUUGCUUGAUGGAACUCAGUUCGAUUCGAGCCGUGAAAGAGGGACUCCUUUCAAGUUCACUCUCGGUCAAGGGCAAGUUAUUAAAGGAUGGGACGAAGGAAUUAAGACAAUGAAGAAAGGUGAAAAUGCUAUUUUUACCAUUCCUCCUGACCUGGCAUAUGGUGAGUCUGGCUCACCACCAACCAUUCCUCCUAAGGCAACCCUCCAGUUUGAUGUCGAAUUGCUAUCUUGGACAAGUGUCAAGGACAUUUGUAAAGAUGGGGGGAUAUUUAAGAAGAUACUUACCAAAGGGGACAAAUGGGAGAACCCAAAGGACCUCGAUGAAGUGCUAGUUAACUAUGAAGCGAAGCUUGAGGAUGGCACAGUUGUGGCAAAAGAUGAUGGUGUGGAGUUCACUGUUAAGGCUGGUCACUUAUGUCCUGCAUUUGCAAAAGCCAUUAAGACAAUGAAGAAAGGGGAGAAGGCACUUCUUACAGUUAAGCCACAAUAUGGCUUUGGUGAGAAGGGGAAGCUAGCCACUGGUGCUGAAGGUGCAGUGCCUCCAAAUGCCACACUUCACAUUACCCUAGAGUUAGUUUCGUGGAAAACUGUGACUGAGGUCACUGAUGACAUGAAGGUUAUAAAAAAGAUCUUGAAGGAAGGGGAGGGAUAUGAGCACCCAAAUGAGGGGGCUGUCGUCCAAGUGAAAUUGAUUGGGAAAUUGCAAGAUGGUACUGUCUUCUUGAAGAAGGGUCACAAUGAAGGAGAAGAGUUGUUUGAGUUCAAGACAGAUGAAGAGCAAGUCAUUGAUGGUCUUGAUAGAGCUGUGAUGAAGAUGAAAAAGGGUGAAGUAGCACAGCUGACUAUUGCACCUGAGUAUGCUUUUGGGUCGUCUGAGUCACACCAGGAGUUGGCUUUGGUACCCCCUAACUCAACUUUAUACUACGAAGUUGAGUUGGUAUCAUUUGUCAAGGAAAAAGAAUCAUGGGAUAUGAGCAACCAAGAAAAGAUUGAAGCUGCUGGUAAAAAGAAGGAAGAAGGAAAUGUAUUGUUCAAGGCUGGUAAAUAUGUGAGAGCUUCUGAGAGAUAUGAGAAGGCUGUUAAGUAUAUUGAGUAUGAUUCUUCCUUUGGUGAAGAGGAGAAAAAGCAGUCUAAGGCAUUGAAGGUCGCUUGCAAUCUGAACAAUGCUGCUUGCAAAUUGAAACUGAAGGAUUACAAGCAGGCUGAGAAAUUGUGCACCAAGGCUUUAGAAUUAGAAAGUGCAAAUGUGAAAGCCCUCUAUAGAAGGGCUCAAGCAUACAUCCAUCUGGCAGAUUUGGAUUUGGCAGAGUUUGAUAUUAAGAAAGCUCUUGAGCUUGAUCCUGAUAACAGGGAGGUUAAGCUCGAAUACAAGGUUUUGAAAGAGAAGAUCAAGGAAUAUAACAAGAAGGAAGCCAAAUUUUAUGGUAACAUGUUUGCCAAGAUGAAUAAAAUGGAGUCUGUUGAUUCUAGUAAAUCAGCCGGUGAGGAACCGGAACCAAUGAGCAUAGAUAGCAAGGCGUAGGUGGAGAUCGGGUGGGGGAGAUAAUGCCUAGUUUUUAUGCUUCAACUACUUUGAUUCUAUUUAUCGGACAACUUAUCUUUGGCACAAGAGAACUUGAGUUGUUGUAAUGGAUUCUAAUGUGUCUGAACUAUUUUGAUUAUAUGCCCAAAGAUUGAAAAUUUUAUAAUCAA